AUGGAGGCCUUCACACCCCCACUCUUGGGCUUCCGUCGCCUCGUUCCAUGCACGUAUGCAAGUAUCAAAUCUUUCUCUCUUGCGAAUUUCAAUGCCGUAUAUGACUCCUUUAUUCGGAGCAUUUCAAAUCCCCUAAGAACGUCCGCCUGCCUAUUAAUUGAAUUGAGAUUUUGAUCUUAUGGCUUUGAUUAAAAAUCCUCAUUGUCUGAUCAAAAUAACUUCCCCUAACGGUCAACAACAUUGAAGAUUUUGAUUUUUUUGCCCCGAUUACGAAUCAUCAUUGUUUGGCCAAAAUUAACUUCUGCCAACCUAUCAAUAAAUUUGAAGAUUUUGAUUUUAUGGCAACGAUUACAAAUCCUGAUUGUUUGGCGAGAAGAAUAUUCUCCAUUUUUAUUGUUAACGUUGAAUGUGGAUGUUGUUGUCCGAAUUGUGAUGCUACCAUGGAAAGAAGAGGCAAUGCCACUAAAUUUAAAAAUUUUGUCCCACUUUAGACGUGAUGAAAGGAUAGGUAGAGGCUUUUAUAAAAAGAUAUUUACUUCUAUAGUUGAUUCUACAAGAUUUGAUUGAACCAUUUUCAUCAUUUCUUUGUUUUUUAUGGGUAUCAUAUCUAUUUUAUAUUAUCUCCGUAACAUGUAGAAAUAAUUUACUAAAAUUUGUUAUAUUUUCCUGUCGCUCAUAGUAUAUUUUUGUUUUCAUUCUAAAUAUUGAUUUCAGUAUACAUAUUACUUCCAUUUUUUAGAAAUCUCAAUAUAUCUAUAGUUUCACUUUGGGAAAAAUAUGUUGACAAUUUAAGUUUACUUAUAUUUCUUAGGAACCUUCUUGGUACUUCAUUUCCACAAAAGGAUUCAGAAUCAAGAGGUUAUAUCUCAUUAUAUUUUUGAUUUUUAAAAAAUAUAAUUUCAAUUUUCCCUUCAAAAGCUAUUGAUCCAAAUUGUGAUAGUCUUUACUACUAUUGCUUCUCUCUGAAUUACUUGAGCUUUCUCCAAAUACUUGUGGUAACUUUAAUAUUAACUUUUGAUAAGUUUCGAAUAUUAUUUCUCAUUGACAAGAAUAAUAAUUACCCAAUGAUUUUAUUGAGAAAAUAUUUUCUCAUAAAACUUUAUUUUAUUUUGGAAUUACUCUAUGUUAAAGCUUUACAAUCUUAUAGGAAUUAGAAUCUCAAUAGACUUCUUACGGGGAAUAGAGUCUAUUAAUGAUAUCAAUAAAUCUCUUAAACUUAUCCUUGACUAAGAAAUAAUAUGUAUGGGCAAAUAUUGUAUCCAUUUUUUUUAGGAAAAUAAUGACCUAAUGGAAAUAUUUACUAUAACUUUCUAAUAGAAAUAAUUAAUCCCUAUUAUAGAUAAGGGGUUCCCUAAGUACAUAAGAAAAGGUAAGAAAUGAAAAUGAUCUUUUGGUUUUAAAAUUUCCAUCAUCACCAACCAUCCAUCAAAGUGUGAACAAAGUUGUUGGAAAUCAGUGAAAAAUAAUAAGAAAAUCUCCUAGUAUAUUUGCUGUUGAAGUUGAAAACAAAACUUGCUUUUGGCUAUAUGGCUUGUUGCCAAUCUUCUCUAAAACAUUUCUCUAUAAAGUUUUCAUCUAGAUUUAGAGCAUCAUUAUAAGACUCAAAGCUAGGAACUUCUCUCCAAAAUCUUCUGAUAAAUUCACAUUGCUGGAAUGCCUAAAUUCUAUAAUUUCUAUCUUAGUUUCUCUUCUACAUUCACAACUCAAUUUAGCAACCUAUUACAGUUCUAGAAAACAUAGUCUUCUUAGCUAAAUUAAAAUCAUUCCUUGUUGUUGUGAUGGCUUGUGGAGCAUAGAGUUAUUUGAUUUGUCUUUGGCAAAGAUACAUAUUAAGUAGCCACAGAAUGGCUUGAAUAAGAAUGGUGGUUCAUGCAUCAUGUUGCUCAAGUUUUAGUUGGUUCAGCAACAGCUCCUAUGGUAGAGGACGUAGACAAUGAUCUUGUUCAGCCCUCUUCUUCCACAUCCUUCCCACCAAUUAUGCCUUCAGUGUAUUUCCUCGUCUCUUACCCAAAGUAAAGAGAAUCAAAUAGUAUUAUUUCUAGAAAGAAAGUAAGAUGAGUAGUGCUUCUCUCAAACAAAUGGAUUCGUUCACCUAAUACAUCCUAUUGAUGGUCCACCAGCUUGUGAUAGUGCUUACCCAAUAAUAGGAUCCAUUAUCUAUUUCUCUUAAUUAAAUAUAGCUAAAAUUAAUCAUAGAGAAACAUAUGACAUGUUGCACAUAAUGAUUCAUCUAUUGUGAUACCACAUUUCCAAUUAAGUCAAUCAGUAUUAUAUUUGUUUCUACACCCAAUGCUUCUAUAACUUCAUCAUAUGGGUAUUGUGAUCAUCACAAAAAUCAUAGGGCUUCUAAAGCCAUCAAGAUGGAUUGCUAAAAACCAAGAAAACAAUUUCUACAUGGUUUCAAUAUAUCCCAAUGGCAUCUUUUGUCACAAGUAAAACAACCAAUUUUGUCAUCAUAUAUUUUACUAGUUUAGAGAAGACUCAUAGUUCAUAAUUUCUACGAGUUUUGUUGAUAUUUUUGAAUGCAGCCCCACAAAAGUAAACCAUCUCCACAUGAAUACAGAAAUUUCCAUCAACUACUAAAUUUUUAAAAAAUAUAUGUUCAAUUAGAAACUAAAAAAAAGAUAUUUUUAAGCUUCGUUUAUUCCCUUUUUUACAUACAAAUAAAAUUACACAAUUCAGUGUACUGCAAGAAGAUAAAUUCAUGAAAUCUUUAAAAAAAUAUUAGAAUUUAGAUAUCUUAAUGUGGUUCAAUCUUUACAGGAUUUUUUAAAAAAUCCCUGCUCUUUGAAAAGACAAUUUUAUGUAAAAAAAUUCACCUAUGCGAAAUAAAUUAUGAUUUCCAACUAUAAAUACUUCAAAUAAAUAAAGUCAAUAAAAAAACUGAGUUCAAAAAUAUUAAGGAAAGUUUAAUGAUGAUCUUCCAAUUUAAUUCUAGCUUUCUAUCACUCCUUUCUAUUACCCAAGGUUGAAAACUUCAUUAAAAAAGUGAAAUUAUCUUUUAAAAAACUUGUUUCCAUGUCUUAAAUUCUUUUUCUACAUAAUGACUUUUUUCUAGAGGAUAAAUUCGAUCAAAAACCCCAUUCCCAUGAUUUGUUUUGACAAAUUAUCCUCUAUAUUUUUUCUAGAGAUGGUUUUUAAUUCUAUGGCCAUAUCUUCUUCUUUUAACACGAUUGUCAUUUUAAAGAAACUAUGAUUUUUUUAUAAAUUUUAAUUUUCACAAUUAUGUUUCACCAAAAUGUUAAAGAAUUAUAGUUAGAAAGGUAAGUUUGGAGAUUGAAAACUUAUGCUUCCAUCUUUUCCUAUGUGUGAACAGCUUCUAAAUCACUAGAUACCAUCCAUCUGAUUAUGAUGGUAAGGUCCAUCUUUGGUCUACUUUGCUACGCAUGGGGAUCAUAGGUAUUUCAUUAAAUCUUGCUCUACCUAUUAGUAUACAGAUUCUUCUCAUGGUGCCAAAACGACCUUUCACAUCCAUGCCUUCUGAUCAAUAGAAAAGUUACAUUUUAAUGGAAAAAAUUUAAUUGCACACACAUAGUAAUUUUUAUACCAUGUGAUGAUUCAAUUGGAUGAAUAUUUCUUGGGCAUUUUCUUAGUCACUCUAUCUUUGAGCUUCAGCUAGUAUUUCUUCAUAUGUUCUAUUAUAGUUUUCAUCAUUAGUCCUUUAAAACUUUUGAGUCUUUGAACUAGCCACUACAAAGUCUUGCUGCAAUAAUUAAUUUUUCUUCAUUUGUCCUUGUUAUCUUUAUCAUAUCUUUGGAUUAUUUCAACUAGAAAUUGGGGGUGAUUUUUUUUCGUGAAAUCAUGGAAAAUCAUAAAAAAUGAAAGCACUAAACAUAAGUUUUGUUCAACACCAAAACCACUCCUUUCAUGAGGUGGUUUGGUGACUUAUAUAGACCAUCAAUGACUUAUGUCCAAUUCUUAGGCUUAAUGAGGUCAUGAAGGAACCAUUGGGUGGGUGGUGCAUUGGUUCUCUUUUCCUAAACAAUUAAGAUAGAAAUAAACAUUAUGCAAUGGAUAAGUGACACUACAACACAGAUGAGUUGAUUCUCCCUCAAUGACUAACAGGAGCAAAUCAGAGAGCAAAAAAGUUUAUAGUAAUUCAGCCUUCUUGGCCUACUCCUCUCUCCAUUAUGCAUGCAAAGUUUUAAUAGCUAAACACUAGAAGUGAAUUUGAACCAACAUUGAGGACAUGACUGCUACAGAUUACAUGCAACCCAUGCAAUCAAAAACAAAAGCCAAGAAACAUAGGUGCUGACUCUUACCUAGAAGGAAGCAAAGUUAGGAGUAUUAACCUUUGAUGGAGAUAGGGUCAACAAUCAUUUAUGGUAUGUACACUUAAAGGGUUCAACAACUACUUUCCAAAAUAUUAACACCAUAGUUUUGCAAUAAUUAUGCUUACCAACAAAUGGAAACUCAAAAAAUUUGAAAUGUAGCUAAUUUUCUAGCCAUUGUGAGAAGCCUGCCAUAAGCAAUAACUAAAUGAGAAUUCUCAGCAUGAAAGGAUUAAGAAUGAGAGAUGAUAAACCCCACAUCAACCAAUGACGUAAACCUUAUACAUUUGAACAAGAUUAAAAGAUUUAAAAUAGCUUAUAAGGUCGAAGUGAACAAUGAACUCUUGCCAAGAUAUCAUCAUCAUCAUCAUCAAAGCAACAAGACUUUUAAGUGCUUUAAUUUUUGUUGACUUGAUUUAUCCAAGCCUGCCGCUAAUUGAUGCUUAUAAUCUUUAAUUGAUAUCUUGAAAGCCCAGCUUAGUUGUAUGACGAUUGGUAAAUAUCCUGAAAAAAUCAAAACUGCCUGUCUUAGAAAAACCCUGAAAAACACCAAAGUAAAGGCUUAACCAGUAACGUAGGUUUGAGAUUUGAGAAUAACCGUUGUAGCACUCGUUUCUUUUUGUCAUAUGUGCAUGAUACAGUUUAUUUGCAUCGUUUAUGGAUGGAUAGAGAUACGGUUAGAGACAGACAGAUAGAUAUAAUGAUAUAUAUAUAUAUAGGAGAUGAAGAGAGGGAGAGAGAGAGAGAGAGAGAGAGAGAAAUAUAUAUGUUGGCAGCUCGAUAGACAAAUAAAAUGCUGCGAGGACACUGGUCUGCUCACUAUAUCCGCAAACUCAGAAAGAUAACAUCCCCGGAAUUAUUAUGAAUAUCCCCUUUCAGCGGUAAAGAGGAUCAGGGAAAGGAACGACAUAAAAAGGGCAGACAUACGAAGAGACUCUUAGCGAUGGAAUGAGUUCCUCCUUCGUGCGUCACGAAAGCCGUCUCACACCUUCAAUUCUUCGCUUCUUCCCCUUCCGAACCGGGGGGGUCACCACGGCAGCGGUUGAGAGGCGAGCAGCCCCGCCUGUAGUGGUUGGCUGGAUUGGAAACACCGCGGCAGGGCCUCUUUCCCCCACCGCACCCGGCCCCCUUGCCUAUGGCCCCAUAUCCAAUGUAGCCUUCCUCUUGGACGACCUCGUCCUCCGCCGUGGCCAUGCCGGCGACGAGCAGGAACACCAGAAAUGCGGCCGUUAGCCAAGAGCGGGCCACCGCCAUGCUUUCUUCUCUUCUCUUCUCCUCUCUUCUCUUUUCUCCUCCGAUAGGAUUGGUGCAACGUCGGGCGCACAGGCGAGAUCGAGAUGGGUCGAGAAGGGGAGGAGGGUAAUUACUUAUAGAGGAGGGCGAGGAAACAUUGUGUGGCGCAACGGAGGUUCAGGGGGAAUUUAUUGAUGGGCUGUCUUAGGAGAGCCCGCCACGAGGGGAAGAGAGAUGUCCUGCGUUGCUCAUUCCCCCUGAACCUCCGUUGCGCCACACAAUGUUUCCUCGCCCUCCUCUAUAAGUAAUUACCCUCCUCCCCUUCUCGACCCAUCUCGAUCUCGCCUGUGCGCCCGACGUUGCACCAAUCCUAUCGGAGGAGAAAAGAGAAGAGAGGAGAAGAGAAGAGAAGAAAGCAUGGCGGUGGCCCGCUCUUGGCUAACGGCCGCAUUUCUGGUGUUCCUGCUCGUCGCCGGCAUGGCCACGGCGGAGGACGAGGUCGUCCAAGAGGAAGGCUACAUUGGAUAUGGGGCCAUAGGCAAGGGGGCCGGGUGCGGUGGGGGAAAGAGGCCCUGCCGCGGUGUUUCCAAUCCAGCCAACCACUACAGGCGGGGCUGCUCGCCUCUCAACCGCUGCCGUGGUGACCCCCCCGGUUCGGAAGGGGAAGAAGCGAAGAAUUGAAGGUGUGAGACGGCUUUCGUGACGCACGAAGGAGGAACUCAUUCCAUCGCUAAGAGUCUCUUCGUAUGUCUGCCCUUUUUAUGUCGUUCCUUUCCCUGAUCCUCUUUACCGCUGAAAGGGGAUAUUCAUAAUAAUUCCGGGGAUGUUAUCUUUCUGAGUUUGCGGAUAUAGUGAGCAGACCAGUGUCCUCGCAGCAUUUUAUUUGUCUAUCGAGCUGCCAACAUAUAUAUUUCUCUCUCUCUCUCUCUCUCUCUCUCCCUCUCUUCAUCUCCUAUAUAUAUAUAUAUCAUUAUAUCUAUCUGUCUGUCUCUAACCGUAUCUCUAUCCAUCCAUAAACGAUGCAAAUAAACUGUAUCAUGCACAUCUGACAAAAAGAAACGAGUGCUACAACGGUUAUUCUCAAAUCUCAAACCUACAUUACUGGUUAAGCCUUUACUUUGGUGUUUUUCAGGGUUUUUCUAAGACAGGCAGUUUUGAUUUUUUCAGGAUAUUUACCAAUCGUCAUACAACUAAGUUGGGCUUUCAAGAUAUCAAUUAAACAUUAUAAGCAUCAAUUAGCGGCAGGCUUGGAUAAAUCAAGUCAACAAAAAUUAAAGCACUUAAAAGUCUUGUUGCUUUGAUGAUGAUGAUGAUGAUGGGUUGGCUAGCAUUCAUUUUUUACGUAAAUAAUUUUUAUUUUAAUGAUUUCAUAUUUUAGGGAUCAUAUGAAUUAUAGAGAAACUCUUCAACCUUAGAAGCUUUUUGGAAUCUUGUAAUCCUUUGCAAGUAUAUAAGGCUUAUGUCAUUGGUUCACAAAGUGUUGAUUAUCUCUCAUUUUUAAUCCUUUCAAGUUUAGAAUUCUUUUUUUGUUGUUGCCUAAGGAAGGAUGUUCCUCAGAUGGCUUGAAAAUAUCUAAAUUUCAACUUUUUAACUUUUCCUUUGUGGGUAAAAUAGUAAUUCCAAAACUAUCAGGGUUAAGCCUCACACUGAAGCUCACGGCAGUUACCAAGAAACUUAGGUAAACUUAAAUUAUCAACAUAUUUGAACAUAUUUUCUGAAAGUCAAACUAUAGUAGCAUUGAAAUCACUUAAAUUUUCAAAUAUCAUUCAUACGAUAAUGAAAACAGAAAAUAGUAUAUGAAAGGGAGGAAAAAUAGAAUAAAAUUUUGGCAAAUUUCUUUUUAAAGUUCAUACUAAAAAAAUAUAAAGUAGAUAUGGUAUCUAUACAGUUAUAUCUUGUAAAACGGUUAAGUUCAAUCUUUUAAAAAUCAACUAUGGAAAUAAAAUUAAAUAUUUAAACAAUUUUUUGUCCUUCCAUGGCAUCCAAAGUCAGACUAGAUUUAGAAUUUAGUGUCAUCACCUGUUCCAUGGUACAUUAUUCGUAAGAAAAAUGAUUUAGACUAUAACACCCACAUUAAAAUUUAACAAUAAGAGUGAAGCGUGAAGUUCUUUUGGUCAAACAAUCAGGAUUUAAAUCGUUGGCAUAAAAUCAAAAAAUUAAAUUUUACUGACAGAUUGGCGGAAGUUCUUUUCACCAAAGAAUCAGGAUUUGCAAACGAGGUAAUAAAAUCAAAAUCUUCAGUUUUAUUGGUAGGCUGGACAAGUUCUUAAGGGAUUUAAAAUGUUCACAAAAGGGGAAAAGGAGUCAUUUACGGCAUAGAAAUUCCCAAGAGAGUAAGAUUUGAUACAUCCAUACGUGCAUGGCACGACGAGACAGAUGCCCGAGAGCGGCGGUGAGAAGGCCCUCCAUCUCCGGAUUCUCCGUGGCUAUUUCAUGAGAGCCUGCCGGUCAGAAGAAGAGAGAUAUCCUGGGUCGCUCACCCCCACCCUAAACCUCCAUUUCGCCACCCAAUAUUUCCUUGCUCUCCUCUAUAAAUAAUGCCCCUCCUCCCCUUCUCUACGUAUCUUGAUCUCUAGCCUGUGGGUCCGACGUCGCACCAAUCCCAUCGGAGGAGAAAAGAGAAGAGAAUAAACCAUAGCGGCGGCCCGCUCUUGGCUAACCGCCGCAUUCCUGGUGUUCCUGCUCGUCGCCGGCACACACGGCGGCGGACGAGGUCGUCCAAAAGGAAACCUACAUCGGCUGGGCCGCCAUGAGGAAGGGGAAUGGGUGCAUGAGGAAGGGGAUAGGGAAGCCAUGCUCCGAUACUUCCAAUCCAGCCAACCCCUAUAGGCGAGGCUGCUCGCAUUAA